UCUCAUGCUGUUACACAUUGCACUCUUAAGAAACCAUGCAGCAUUUGUCAAAACCAACACCUUCAGAUACUGCAUGAAGUCAAUUCCAAGGCAGGUAAAGAGGGCAUAUGCAUGUUGAGCUCUGCAGUUGGCACUGCUUACUUGAAUCGUCCAACAGACUGCAGCCGGGUAUUACUGAAAGUGGUGAAAGUUUGUCUGCAGUAUCGUGAACGAGCUCUGGAGACUUACGCUGUCCUCGACGAUGGCUCUGAGAGGACUAUUCUUCUAUGUGAAGCAGCAGAUAAGCUCGGCUUGCGUGGAAUCCCUGAGGAACUGGCAUUGAGAACAAUCAGACAAGAAACCCAAGUACUUCAAGGAGCCUCUGUCUCUUUCAGUGUUUCAUCUGCCUCACAGCCUAAACGGAAUUACCACAUUAGUGGUGCAUUCACUGCUCAGAAUCUGGGACUGGCUGAUCAUUCCUACCCACUAGCCACCUUACAGAAAAGGUACCGGCACCUCAGAGGCUUGCCACUUGAGCCAUUCGAUCGAGUAUCUCCUCUCCUUCUCAUUGGAGCUGAUCAACCUCAUCUGAUAACUCCAACAGAACCAGUGCGUCUGGGACCACCAGGAGGACCUGUUGCUAUACGGACCAGAUUAGGGUGGACACUACAAGGCCCAGCCAGAGGUCUACCACACCAUCCUAGAUCUCAGAACUGUUACCUGACCUCAGUAAACCCUGAAACAGCUGAACUUCUGAGAAAUGUGGAGAAGUUGUGGCAGGUGGACACGCUACCAUUCAAAUCAGAGAAACAGGUAACUCGAUCACGAGAGGAUCAAGAGGCACUCUCACUGCUGGAAAGUAAAACCAUCCGUGUUGAGCAUAACAAGGUCCAGCACUAUGCAACCCCUUUGCUACGGAAGAGAAAUACUUCCCCUUUUCAUGCAACUAGAGAUGCUGUCAUGCCAAGUCUCCGAGGUACAGAGAAACGACUCGCUAAAGAUGAAGACAAAGCCUCAGCAUACAUAACAGAAAUCAGUAAACUUGAACUGGCAGGCUCAGUACGCAAGCUGACCGAGGAAGAGGUUGCACAGAGUGAGGAAUCAUGGUUCAUUCCUCAUCAUUUAGUACAUCAUAAUGGGAAGAACCGCCUAGUAUUCAAUUGUUCUUACCAAUUCCAUGGCCGCAACCUCAACGAAUCUCUUCUUCCUGGGCCAACCCUCGGUCCGUCACUCCUGGGGGUGCUGCUUCGUUUUCGCGAGCAUGCCAUCGCAAUAAGUGGAGACAUAAAGGCCAUGUUCCACCAGGUCUGCCUCCUGCCUGAGGACAAGUCCCUUCUUCGAUUUGUGUGGCGAAACCUCUGCCGUGAUGUGCCUCCUGUGGUGUAUGAGUGGCAGGUCCUGCCAUUUGGCACCACAUGUUCUCCUUGUUGUGCCACCUUUGCCCUCCAAAAACAUGUGCACGAUCACAGCAAUGAGGAAGAAGAUGUCAGGAAUUCGGUAGAUAGGUGUUUCUAUGUAGACAACUGUCUACAGAGUCUACCGUCAAAAGCUGAAGCCAAAGAAUUACUUGAAAAAUUGCGAGUCCUGUUGGCAUCAGGGGGCUUUGAGAUCCGCCAGUGGGCUAGUAAUGCCCCCGAAAUUCUCAGCCAUCUCCCUCAAGAAGCUCGCUCAGAUAAUGCUGAACUGUGGCUCACCCAAAACUCUGCUGAUAUUCAAGAGUCUACAUUAGGACUAAGAUGGCACUGCCCUACAGAUACCAUCGGCUAUAAGCAUAGACUGGAUGACUACGGCCCAACAACAAUGCGUACUGUGUACCGUACUUUGGCCAAACAGUAUGACCCUUUGGGGCUAAUAUUGCCAUAUACAACUCGAGCCAAGGUGAUUGUACAGCGACUCUGGGAUAAACAAAGGGAGUGGGAUGACCCAUUACUACCUGAGGAGCUGCUGCAAGCCUGGAAUGCAUGGGUAUCAGAACUGCCUGAAUUAUCUCGUAUUACCUUACCUCGCUGCUAUGUUCCCACAACAAUGGACCAGCCAGAUGUGACAAGAGAGGUCCAUGUGUUCUGUGAUGCAUCUGACAGAGCAUAUGGAUCAGUGGCCUACCUACGCUCUGAAGAUGCCUAUGGUGGAGUUCACCUGGCUUUCCUGCUGGCCAGAUCUCGAGUUGCACCAAAAAGACAACAAUCCAUGCCAAGACUGGAGCUAUGUGCAGCAGUCACUGGAGCUCAACUUGCAAAGCUGAUAGUCAGUGAGCUCACCUUACCCAUCAAGAGAACAAUCCUGUGGUCCGACUCGACCACCGUCCUGACAUGGCUCCGGUCAGACUCGUGUCGAUUCAAGGUCUUUGUGGGAACCAGGAUUGCUGAAAUCCAAGAGCUCACAGAUCAGCAGUCAUGGAGGUAUGUGAGCUCCACCCUUAACCCAGCAGAUGACCUGACCAGGGGCAAAUCCUUGGUGGAACUAGCACAAACAAAUAGGUGGUGUCAAGGCCCAUCCUUUCUCUUGCAACCACCUCAUGAGUGGCCUGAAGCUCCAGCUGGGACAUAUGAAGAAGACCCUACGGAGUUGCGACGGUCCUUGUUCUGUCAUUUCAUCUCAACCAGCUCGGAUAAGUCUGUCCCUGAUUCAAGUCAGUAUGCUACAUGGAGUGAACUGGUGGAGGCCACAGCACGCACACUUCAGCAUGAUAAAGCAGAGCAAGAUGUUUCACCUACUUCCAGGGCUUAUCAGCAGGCAGUCCUUUUCCUCAUUAAACAGUCCCAGCUCGAAAGUUUCCCGGAGGAAUACCACCUUCUCAAGGCCAACAAAUCAGUCCCUUCCAGUAGUCGCCUUCUUGUUCUGGCUCCUGAAUUUGAUGCAACAGAUGAGAUCAUCCGAGUUGGCGGCCGCCUUCGUAGAGCAGAGGAUUUGGAUCCAAACUUCAAACACCCUAUUGUGCUAGAUCCGAGCCAUUACAUCACCAAAUUAUUAAUCCAGGAUUGGGACCAGAGAUUAUGCCACCCUGGACCAGAGCGUGUCUUCGCUGAACUUCGGCGGUCUUACUGGAUAUUGAGAGGGCGCGAGGCUGUCCGGAAGCACCAGUAUGCCUGUCUGGAGUGCCGAAAGUUGAGAUCUAAACCUGUUGUACCAAAGAUGGCUGACUUGCCUCCUGCUCGACUCCGUUUGUUCAAACCAGCAUUUUAUUCCACUGGGAUGGACUGCUUUGGGCCAUUCCAGGUGAAGAUUGGCAGGCGUACAGAAAAACGGUGGGGUAUUAUAUUUAAAUGCCUUACCACUCGAGCAGUGCAUCUGGACGUACUCACCUCCAUUGAUACAGAUGCCUUCUUGAUGGCUGUACGGAGGUUUACCGCACGCCGUGGUACCCCUGCUGAGCUUUACUCAGACCAAGGGACAAAUUUCAGAGGAGGAGAGAAAGAGUUGAGAGAGGCUUUCUCUGUUAUGAGUACUGACCUGCAAGGUUUGCUGGCGAAACAUCAGAUCAACUUUCACUUCAAUCCUCCAACAGCUCCACACUUUGGAGGAGUGUGGGAGCGAGAGAUUCGCUCUGUGAAAGCAGCACUUAGCACCACAAUUGGAGCACAGAGCGUUCCCGAGGAAGUACUCAGAACAGUUUUAAUUGAGGUGGAAGCGAUCUUGAAUUCUAAACCGUUGGGGUAUGUGUCAUCCAACAUCUCAGAUGUUGACCCAAUAACACCGAAUCAUCUUCUGAUGGGGCGGCCCAGUAGUUCAUUUCCGCAAGUUGUCUACCAAGAUUCUGAACGCCUAAGCCGCAGACGGUGGAGACAAAGUCAGAUACUGGUGGAUCACUUCUGGGCCAAGUUUAUAAGUUACUACUUACCUGGUCUGCAGCUGAGGCAGAAAUGGCAAGGAACUACUGCGGAUCUUACAGAGGGGUCUGUCGUGAUGAUGGUUGAUCCCCAAUUGCCAAGGGCUCUAUGGUUAGUUGGCAAAGUGGUGAGGGUGUUUCCUAGUGCUGAUGGACAUGUAAGAGCAGCUGAGGUGAAGGUCGAUAACAAGAGUUUUACCAGACCUGUGGUAAGGUUAAUUAAGCUGCCUGAACUGCCUAAUGAUUAUUAAAAUUCAAUUGGAACACAUUUACACUGCAAAUGUGGGGGCGGCUGUUACAAAGGUAGCGCAAAAGCGCCAUCUAGUGGCUUUUAGUAGAUGUGCUGGAAGUGAUUGCACAUGACAAUAACAGCUACGCCACAGGAAAACUGUUCCUGAAGUCGCGAUGCAGUGUUGGGGUUAAUUAUUAAUAACUGUGUGCGUCCAUUUGAGAAAACCACACACACACAACCAACAUGCUUAUGAUUAUGAUCUAAAUCUACCAUCUCCAUAAACAUAAGCUGAGUGCCAACUGCUGCAUCCAACUUUGUACCUAUAUUGUAAAGUGUGGCAACGCUGCUGUCUAAUGUAUGUCUGUGCUGCUGAAGAAAGUUCAGUAAACUGUUCAAACUGAUUCCUGCCUCCUGUCCUGCGUUCUGACAGACGCUCCAAGGCGAGAACUAUAACCUCCUAAGCACCUGUGGUCCUUUCUC